AUGGAUGUGCCAGCUUCAACCCAAGCAGUCAACGCAAAGGCCGCGGCAGCUGAAGACAAGGAAACCUUUGCCUUUCAGGCGGAAAUCAACCAGCUGUUGAGUCUCAUCAUCAACACAUUCUACAGCAACAAGGAGAUCUUCCUUCGCGAGCUCAUCAGCAACUCCUCCGACGCGCUCGACAAGAUCCGAUUCGCCUCUCUAACCGACAAAUCCGCGCUCGAGUCGCAGCCGGAACUGUUCAUCCGCAUCGUGCCGGACAAGGCAAAGAAGACCCUCAGCAUCAUCGACAGCGGCGUCGGGAUGACGAAAGCGGAUUUGGUGAAUAACCUCGGGACGAUCGCGCGCUCCGGGACGAAGGAGUUUAUGGAAGCGUUGGAGUCCGGCAGUGGCGACGUCAGCAUGAUUGGGCAGUUCGGCGUGGGUUUCUACGCGGCGUAUCUGGUUGCGGAUAAGGUGGUAGUAACCAGCAAGCACAACGACGACGAGCAGUACGUUUGGGAGUCGCACGCUGGCGGGUCGUUCACGAUUCGUCGCGACACGGUCGGAGAGAGGCUGGGACGCGGCACGAAGAUCACGCUGCAUUUAAAGGACGACCAGCAGGAGUAUUUGGAGGAGCGACGGAUUAAAGACGUAGUUAAGAGGCACUCGGAGUUUAUUAACUACCCCAUCAACCUGUGGACGGUGAAAACCGUGAACAGGGAGAUCGAGGAGGACGAGGAGGAAGAGGAGGAGGGACCUCACGGAGCUUCUAAGGAAGAAGAAGCAGAGGGAAAUAUGGAGGAGGUUGAGGACGAGGAGGGGAGCAGCAAGGGCGACAAGAACAAGAAGACGAAAAAGACGAAGAAGGUGAAGGAAGUGACGCACGAAUGGCAGCAGCUGAACAAGCAAAAGCCGAUUUGGCUGCGCAACCCUGAUGAGGUCACUAAGGAGGAAUACGCCGCGUUUUACAAGAGCUUCACAAACGACUGGGAGGAGCAUCUGGCCGUGAAGCACUUCUCCGUGGAGGGUCAGCUGGAGUUUAAAGCCCUGCUCUUCGUGCCGAAGCGCGCGCCGUUCGACCUGUUUGAAGGGCGGCAGAAGAAGCUGCGAAACGUGAAGCUGUACGUGCGGCGCGUGUUCAUCUCGGAUGAUUGCGAAGAGCUCAUGCCGGAAUACCUCUCCUUUGUGAAAGGCGUGGUUGACUCGGAAGACCUGCCUCUCAAUGUCUCGCGGGAGAUGCUCCAGCAGAACAAGAUUCUCAAAGUCAUCCGGAAGAACCUCGUUAAGAAGUGCCUCGAGAUGUUCACAGAGAUCGCGGAGAACAAGGACGACUACAGUAAGUUCUACGAGGCAUUCAGCAAGAGCAUCAAGCUGGGAGUGUACGAGGACUCUCAGAACCGCGCGAAACUCUCAGAGCUUCUCCGAUUCCACUCCACCAAAUCGGGCGACGAAGCCACCAGUCUAAAGGACUACGUUACCCGGAUGAAAGAGGGGCAGAGCAGCAUCUACUACAUCACGGGCGAGAGCAGGCGAGCCGUGGAGAACUCUCCGUUCCUGGAGAAGCUGAAGAAGAGGGCCCUGGAGGUGCUGUUCAUGGUGGAUCCAAUCGAUGAGUAUGUGGUGCAGCAGCUCAAGGAGUUUGAUGGAAAGAAGCUGGUCUCGGCCACCAAGGAAGGGUUGAAGCUGGAUGAGCCCGAAGAGGAGAAGAAGAGAUUCGAGGAGCUGAAGAAGGAAUUCACCGACACAUGCAAGGCAAUGAAAGACAUGCUGGGGGACAAGGUCGAGAAGGUAACUGUAGGCGAGCGCAUCGUGGAGUCCCCCUGCGUUUUGGUCACAGGGGAGUACGGCUGGACCGCCAACAUGGAACGCAUCAUGCGAGCCCAGGCUUUAAGGGACAACUCCAUGUCUCAGUACAUGACCAGCCGGAAAACCAUGGAGAUUAACCCUCAUAACAGCGUUAUCAAGGAGCUCAGGAGGCGGAUCGAGGCGGAUAAAACCGACAAGACUGUCCGAGACUUGGUGUUCCUGCUGUUUGAGACUGCUCUGCUGACCUCGGGAUUCUCUCUGGAUGAGCCUCAGGCGCUGGCGGGACGGGUGCAUAGGAUGAUUAGCCUUGGACUAAGCAUUGAUGAGAAUUUGGAGGAGGUUGGGGAGGAGGAGGCAGGAGAGAUGGAUGGGGAGAGCAAGAUGGAGGAGGUGGAUUAG